CACUGUGUGUGUGUGUGUGUGUGUGUGUGUGUGUGUGUGUGUGUGUGUGUGUGUGUGUCGUGCUCAUUCGGUAGUUUAUUGGAAAACAGUGGAUGUUUUAAAAUGGCUGGCUUUAUAUGAUUUGUAUAAAUGAAUGCAGAGUUAAAACAAUGCUGUAGAGUGUCCAUUAGUCUCUAAACUAUAGCAUUGUCAUAUGUCAUUACAGGUUAAGUCAUUGUGCACAGGAAUUUGUGGAGUAUUGUAAAAUCUUGGCAUAUAUAGGACACACACACACACACACACACACACACACACACAUAGAGGACAUCAAUUUGUCCCCUUGCUAUGGCCAGUCCAGCCCACGUGUCCAGGGUCCGAGCCCUGUAUAAGAGGAUCCUCGUGCUGCACAGAUUCAUGCCCAUUGAGCUGAGGGUUCUCGGUGAUCAGUAUGUGAAGGAUGAAUUCAGAAGACACAAAUCUGCAUCUCCAGAACAAGUCCAGGUCUUCAUGAAAGAAUGGGAGGACUACAGAGACACCCUACAGACGCAGGUGCUCGAGGUAGCAGGAAGAGAAAAGAUGGCGUUCGGUGUUGACCUGUCCGAGCGACAGCUCAGAGACUUUCAGGAGGAACAGAUCGGGCAGCUUUACGAGCUGAUGCUGGAGUCCACCAAACCCAACCAGCAGUUCCACAUCCAGGAGGAUGGGUCACCAAAAUGAGAGACUGUGAAUGAAGAAGAACAGAACUGACUCAUAUUAUGAUUUACAUACUGUCUGUGGACAUUAAGUAUGUGUAAUUAUAUAUUAUAUUGAUUGCUCUGAA